AUGUUUCCAGCUCCGCCAGGACGGCCGGUGGCCACCCCAACCCCGCUGCCCGGCCCUGCAGUUGCAGCUGCACCCCUCUAUGGGUACGGGGCUCGGGAAAAUGACCGGGAGUAUGUGGAAAGGAAGGUGGAUUUUAAUUCUCCGCUUUUCAAGCCUGAGACUGGAUUCCCAUUUGGGAAAACCCUGCGGGACUCUCUCUAUUUUACAGACAACGGACAAAUCAUUUUCCCAGCCUCAGAUGACAGCAUCUUCACAUAUCCCAACCCUCCUCCCGGUGGCUUCAAUGGCCAUGAGGAGGUUCCCAUGAUCGCUGUGUUUUGGGACAAUGCUGACUUCUCCAGAGGCGUUGGCACCACCUAUUACCAGGAGUUCCUCACCCUCAACACGGCCAAGCCACCAUUCGUCCGCGAUGUGGAAGCAAAGGUUCGGCGGUACCUGAGGUCAUCCUACUCCGCAGCCUGGACCCUGAAGAUCACCUGGGAGAAGGCACCUGCCUACAGAGCACAGACUGACACCCGGAGGACGAUCACGUAUCAAGCUGUCCUGACCACUGAUGGCUUCAGGUCCUAUGUCCUGAUGCUGUACCAGGAUGGAGGCAUGCGAUGGGAUUACACCAGGCUCGCUGCCACCAAUGUGCUUAUCGGCUAUACCAGUGGGGAUGGCUUUUACCGCAAUGACGACCUGACUCGGAGACCUCCAGCUGCUAAAUAUCACCCUGACCAGUUCAGGGGCUACAACACAGACCUCCGCGGGCUGUGGAUUUACAAGCUGGAGAGCCGUGUGGGUGUCAACUACCGGCUGAAGUGCCUGGCGUGGACAGGGCGGCAGCAGGAGCCGUGGGCAUGGAGCCAGGGCCUGCCCACCUGUCCCUGCUCCCUGCAGCAAGGGCAGCAGGACCCACGCUUCAAGAGCAGCCGUAGAGCCUGGCUGGAGCUGGUCUAA